AAUAUUUUCAGUCUCAACUAUUGUCAUUCUCACCCAAUUUGGAUUAUCACAAUCCUGACAUCCCAGAGUGGAGAGAAGACAUUGGCCGAGUCAUCAAAGCAGCUUUGGUGCAUGUGACUGGGAUCCCCAAGGAACAAAUCCUUGUGGCAGUUUUCCCUGGCUUGCCCACCUCUGCUGAGCUCUUCAUCCUACCACAUCAAAACAUCUCAGAGAGAAGGAAAGGCAGUGAAGGUGAUUUGGAGCAGGCUGUUGAAAUCCUCUUCAGUGCUCUAAAUCAGAACCUGGUUCAAUUUGAGUUGAAGCCUGGUGUGGAAAUAAUUGUUUAUGUCACUCAGCUAACAUUAGCGCCUCUUGUUGAUCCUGGUGCUGGACAUAGCAGCUCUGCAAUGCUGAUGCUGCUCUCGGUGGUCUUUGUUGGCUUGGCUGUUUUUUUAAUCUACAAGUUUAAAAGGAAAAUUCCAUGGAUCAACAUCUAUGCUCAGGUCCAACAUGACAAAGAACAGGAGAUGAUUGGUUCUGUCAGCCAAAAUGAAAAUACACCCAAAAUCACACUUAGUGAAUUCACAGACCCUGAAGAACUCAUGGACAAAGAGUUGGACACACAGGCUAUAGGAAGCAUCUCAACGAUCUCCAACAGUGAAAGCACAAAGGAAAUACCGAACUGCACUAGUGUUUAA